AUGUCGCUCGAAGAUGAAAUUGAGAGUGAUCAGAAGAGGCUCUACAAAUCAUUGGAGCGACCAGAGGUAUGUGGGGCGGGCCCAGGACCGGAUCAGGCUAACACUGUCGCAUUUUGGCGUGGCCUGUGGUCAGAGCCCGUAAACCACUGCGAGGGCCCUUGGACGGAAGUUGUGGCGAGUCAGUGUGCGAGUAUUACGCCCAUGGACCCCGUCAUCAUAACGCCGGAUGACGUAGCUGAGGCGGUCCAUAGAGCCCCGAACUGGAAAAGUCCGGGACUUGACGCACUGCAUCACUACUGGCUGAAGGGGUUCAUGGUGUGUCACGCUGUGCUCGCCCGUCAGUUUCAAGAGGCUCUCAACCAGAAGUCGCUCCCCUAG